GUCAACCUCAGAUCUUAAACGCAGCUGUUCGCGGAAGGAUAUCGAGAGCUUCCUGUCCGUCUCGAGUGUUCGCCCUCGGUUGAGAGAGACUUGUUCCUGCAGUGUUUUGUAAUUGCGUAUUGUGGAUUAAGAUGGUUUCUUCGGUGCAAAUGGAGCCUGUGUCCCGCACGGAUCAGUAUAAGCGAGUGAUGAAGCCCUUGCUGGAAAGAAAACGGCGGGCGCGCAUCAACCGCUGCCUCGACGAGCUGCGCGACCUCCUGGUGGCGGCGCUGCAGGCCGAAGGGGAGACCGUCACCCGCCUGGAGAAAGCCGACAUCCUCGAGCUGACCGUCCGUCACGUCCGCCGCCUGAACCAGCGCCGGCGCCUCACUCUGCCUCCCGGCGGCCACGACCCCAGGCACGACGCCCUCAAGUUCCAGCAGGGCUUCGUGGCGGCGGCGCAGCAGGUGCAGUCCUUCCUCAUCGCCUCCCCCAGCCUGGAACCCGCCGUGUCGUCGCGCCUUCUCACGCACCUCACGUCGUGCGCAUCAGCCAUGACGGGCGUGCCCCCCUCCAGCGGCCCCGUGUCUCCGCCCGUCACCGCCGCCCCCCUCGCCACGCCCCCCACAGCAUCGCCUAUCCGUCGGUGGUGAUGGCUCCCUGCAGUGUCCCCGCCCAUGUCCCCGCCCCCGCUCAUGGACCUCAGCAUGAAGCCCGCCCACAGCCCUGUCUCGACGCCCAAGAUCGUCGCUCCCACGCCCAUCCGGGAGGUGUAUGUGGGUCCGCAAGACCUGUCGAUGCGGCGUCCUUCGCCCCGGGACGACCCGAAGGCCUUGGAGGGCAAGAACUCGUGGAGGCCGUGGUGAGCGCCCCCGGAACACCCGAAGGCUCAGUACAGAGGCUCGCGGAGGCCCUCGCCGCCGCCCCGAGCUCCCGAAGGCUGGUCGAGGCCCGUCGCUCCGGAAGCAGCGCCUGUGACGAAGGAGGCGGAGCCGGAGUCCCGCUCCAGCAUCUGUGUGUGGAUUCGUCGUGCCAAAUUAUCUCUGCUCCUGCUACGUGCGUGCGUGUGGCUACGCACGACUGUACGUGCGGCUCAAGGGCGCCUCGAAUGUCCGCCCCCCCCCCCCUCCCCCAAAGGACGAGGUCGCAGCCCCAUCGCUCCCCCACCCAUGCCCCCCUCCCCUCCCCCACACCAUCUCUCCAGUGUUUAUAUUGUGAUAUAGUUUUGUGAUAGUUCAUAGAUAUUUUUGUACAUAACGCACCUUUUAUUGUUAGACAUAACUGUUAACUCUGUGAUAAUGUAAUUUUAGAAUAUAAAUUACUCUAUUGUUCACACUUUCUGAUGAUUGUACAUUAAGUCGCAAAAUUUUUGUUGUUAUAAAGCAUCACUUGAGAGGAACAACACUUAACGCCAGAGGUCUUUCAUCUUGUACAAAGAUUGAUUAUUGGAUGUAAGAGUUAACUGUGCGCGAGUGUCCGCUUGCGUCGCAGGUCAUAGGUAUUUCGAAGUUAAGUUAUUCUUGUUGAUAAAAUCACAAAAUGUCCCAUUUUGCGUCACAAAUACAUAGCUGUUAUUGUUAAUUGUUAGUUGCCUGUUUGUGAACUGUUGCAUACAGUUCUCUAACUUAAGGUUUUUUGUUUACAUGGUCUUGCACAAUGUUGCAAGCCUUGUUUACCUGCAAAUUCUACUUAAGGAUCUGUGUGCCUGGAACGUUAGAGCCAGCGCCUUCACAAUGCGGCAAGGGGGUCGGCGCCCCCGCCCCGCUCCCUGGCAUGAGGAAAUUGUGAUACCCACUUCUGUGAUCAGAAUAAAAGACUUGAUUAAAUUAUA